AUGAGUCUUUCUCUGGUAUCAAAGAGUCAACGCGAUUCUGAUAGCGACAUAUCCAAGACCACUUAUAAGAUUCUGUUGGACUUGUAUCCACAGGAGAUUCUUGAUGAGAUUGUGAAACUUGCUGGACUUGAAAAUCUCAUUCAAUUGAUAAGCUCUAUUCAAUUCCUAGAAGAUAACACUCGUCUACAGAACUCCAUAGAUAAAUUGAUAUUACAAUACGAUGGAAGAAUCCAAUACAACAAUAGAAUAAAAAGACCCUCAUUUAUGCACAUGUAUUUGAGAACACCGAGUUUCAUAGAAAAGAAGAAUCUUUUGCUAUUGCGAAAUUAUCUACACUUUAUCAGUUUGCAGGAUUAUUGCAUAUAUAGGAAAAUAAAAACUACAUUGACCAUUGCCUAUUACUUCUGGACAUUUGCCGAAGUGGUUAAUUUGUUUGACUUGAUGGAUAAAUUGAGCAGUAGCGGUAUUGUUCAUUAUCAAGUGGAUUUUGAAUUUGGACAAGAGUUUUUAUACCUUAUUGAUUUUCAGCAGAUUAUAGAUCAACUUGAAUGGAAAUGUGGCCAAACGGUAAAAACAAUGAUUUUGACUAAUUGUCAAAAGCAAUCAAAUAUGUGUCGACUUGAUUUGCAAAAUUUAUGGUUGACCGAUUGUGCGGUUAUGAAGUUUCGAAAGGAGUGUCUUGUUAAACUACAUCUAAGUCCAUCUUUUAGAAGCGGAAAGGAUACUUUCAGUUUAAAAUUUAUACCCCCAUCAAUGGAGUAUUUAUAUUUGAACAAUAAUGUUACAAUUUUAGGUGGAGACGAUAAUAUCGUAUAUUCGUUACCAAGUUUAAAAUCCAUGAAUUUAGAUGAUGGUCUACUUGAACAUUGGAGUGUUACUGAUAUUGUCAAACUUUUCAAAGGAACAUUAUCAGCGGGCCAUCUCGAAAGAAUACUGUAUACUCCUUCCCCCCAUUCUCUGACUAGGGAGACUAAAGCUUAUUCAGUUGAGCAUGAAGUUAUUGAACUCCUCAAUCAGCAUCAGCAGUUGAAAAUUCUACAUUCAUUACAUUUAACGCUAUUUAGUGGUCGAUCCAUUCCUCAUUUGUGGAACCUCCCCAAUUUGACUGAAUUGUCUAUAUCAGUUGUUAACAACGAGUCAAAAAUAAUCAAUAGAUUAGAGUUCCCCCAGACGGUGCGAGAUUUGAAUUUAAACUACUGCAACAUAGAGGAUUUAUCGAUUUUGUUUGACAAGUUCCCAUUGGGCUUGCAAAAAUUGAACUUGGCAGAUAAUCUGAUAAAUUGGAGUUUGAUCACCCCAAAUUUUGCCAAGUUUGAAAAAUUAAAAUAUCUUCGACUAUUCAAUACUCACAUUGGAUCAAACAUUAUCAAUUUUACAUUCCCAGACUCCCUCGAACAAUUGUCCCUUGAAGUCAAUCAAAUAGAAUCAAUUGAUGAAGUGAAAUUUCCAAAAAAUUUAAUCAACUUAGGUAUAGGAUCAAAUAAAUUGAAAACAAUUUACAAACCUCGUUUUCCACAAACUAUCAAAACUGUCCAUUUGACCGAAAAUCUACUAAAGAAAGUUGAUCUUUCAACUAAUGACCGAGGUCAACCGUUACAAAUUGAGAUUUUAUACUUAAAUUACAAUCGAUUGAAUGAUAUCAAGAGUUUGAAACUACCAACAACUUUGAAGAUUUUGAAUUUAAAUAGUUGUUUUAUUAGAACAAUCGAGGAUUACGAAUUUGCCCCGUCAAUUGAAGAGUUGAGCAUUAUGGGCUGCAACUUGCUUCUGAUAGACAAGGUAACAUUUGGCGCUGGCUCCAAAUUGAAAUAUUGUUGCUUAUCACAAAACGAAAUUUCAAAGCUCAACGGAAUUAGUUUUCCGCAGUCAGUAGAAAAUAUCAAUUUAUCAAGAAAUCGGUUAACCCAGAUUCCACAGUGUUUGCAAUGCCUACAAAAUGUAAAGUAUCUCAAUUUGUCAACCAAUAAAAUCCGGUCAGCAGCCUAUAAGUUUCAAACCUCUAGUAUCGAAACUUUGGAUUUGUCUUACAAUUCGAUCAAGAAGCUUCGAUUGAGAUUUCCUAGGCAUCCCCCAUAUUCCAACCUAGUAUCCUUAAAUCUUUCCUGGAACGAGUUAUCUCAUUUCGACAAUUUUUCAAUAGAUGGCAAUGUACAUGUACACAUUUUGGAAAUCGACUUAAGUUGUAACAAGAACCUAAGUAUUCAAUCAAUAAAAGAGUAUGAAAAAUUCGCACCUCCAACACUACAAUAUCUCAUGUUUGAAACUAUAAAUAAUAAAAAUAUCUAUGGCGGGCCAAUAGGUUACAAGUAUGCUUAUACUUGUAUAAAAAAAGAAGCUGAGUUCAAAAUCAUACAGGGUACUCCCAAACAGUAUAAAAGUAGAGUUGAUCAAUUUCGUCCUUUAUUAAUUCGGAAAAAAAUUGACUACCCCAGUGUUUCAUAA